AUCAGAGCUGCUGGCUUUGCGGAUACUCACUGUCAUCUUUUUCAACCAUCACACCGCGUGGAAAAGGGGUCCAAUCCCCACCUCCCUCCCUUUCCCCGAGACAUAAGUGGAUUGAAAUCGCGGUGUUUUAAUUCUUUGAAUGUGCCAAGAUGGAGACGGGGAUAGAUAAGGAAUGCGGAGCUCUUGGUGGCCUUUUCCAGGCUGUUAUCAAUGAUAUGAAGGGAUCGUAUCCAAUCUGGGAGGACUUCAAUGCCAAGGCUGCCAAGCUUCACUCUCAGCUCCGGACCACCGUGCUGGCAGCGGCUGCAUUCUUGGAUGCGUUUCAAAAAGUGGCAGACAUGGCGACAAACACUCGAGGUGCCACCCGGGAUAUCGGCUCAGCCCUGACUCGAAUGUGCAUGAGGCAUCGCAGCAUCGAAGCCAAGCUCCGACAUUUCACCAAUGCUCUGAUGGAGAGUCUGAUAAACCCUUUGCAGGACAGGAUAGAGGACUGGAAGAAAUCUGCCAAUCAGCUGGAUAAGGACCAUGCCAAAGAAUACAAACGGGCUCGGCACGAGAUCAAAAAGAAAUCAUCUGACACCCUCAAACUUCAAAAGAAGGCUCGGAAAGGUAAAGGUGACCUGAGGCCACAGGUGGAAAAUGCAGUCCAGGAUGUGAAUGACAUGUACCUGCUACUGGAGGAGACAGAGAAACAAGCUGUUCGCAAGGCCCUGAUCGAGGAGAGAAGCCGAUUCUGCACUUUCAUCACUUUCUUGCAGCCUGUGGUGGACGGAGAGAUUGCGAUGCUGGGGGAGAUCACACACCUCCAGGCAAUUGUUGAUGAUCUCAUUGUUCAGACUGCAGAGCCACACAAGCUUCCCCCAGCCAGUGAGCAGGUGAUUAAGGAUCUGAAGGGGUCUGACUAUAGCUGGUCCUACCAGACUCCACCAUCUUCACCCAGCAGCUCUGGCUCUCGGAAAUCCAGCAUGUGCAGCAGUGUAAACAGUACAAACAGUAGCACUUCUCGCUCCAGCGGUUCCCAAACUCACUCACCAAGUUCAAACUAUCGCUAUCGCAGCUUGGCCCAUCCUGCCAGCUCCAGCAACCGCCUCUCUAGUGUCUCCUCGCACGACUCCGGCUUCAUAUCCCAGGACGCCAUGUACUCCAAACCACCGUCGCCUAUGCCAUCGGACAUUACCAGCCAGAAGUCGUCGAGCUCAGCUUCCUCUGAGGCAUCGGAGACGUGUCAGUCGGUUAGCGAGUGUAGCUCACCCACUUCGGUUAGUUCUAGCUCCACAGCAGGAGCAUGGUCAGGCGGUGAAAAGGACUGGUCAAAGCCUGGUCCUUAUGACCAGCCAGUGGUGAACACUUUGCAGAGGCGCAAGGAGGCAACGGAACGUUAUCGGGAGGCAGAGGCGGUCUCAGCCACCAUGGUCUAUCCGGGGAUUAGUGUGGAGGAGAUACAGAGGCCCCGCAUGACAGCAGCAUCACUUGCUGCUAAGGUACAGUAUCAUGGGGAUGAAAUCUCCACAGCAGCCAGUGAUCUCGCUAUGGUAUUGACCCGUGGUCUGAGCCUGGAACACCAGAAGAGUAGCCGCGACUCUCUGCAGUACUCCAGCGGUUACAGCACCCAAACCACCACCCCAUCCUGCUCCGAAGACACCAUUCCCUCCCAAGUUUCAGAUUACGAUUGCUACUCUGUGAAUGGUGACAUGGAGACAGAACAUCAAAGUGAGUUUGACAGAUCUUCGACCAUACCACGAAACAGCGACAUCGCCCAGAGUUACCGCAGAAUGUUCCAGACCAAACGCCCCGCCUCGACAGCUGGACUGCCUUCGGGGAGCGUGCAGAACAUUUCAGUCACCCCGGGUGUGGCCACCAUCAGGCGCACCCCCUCCACCAAGCCAUCCGUGCGCCGUGCCCUCUCCAAUGCGGGUCCGAUUCCCAUCCGUCCUCCGAUAGUGCCGGUUAAAACGCCCACCGUGCCUGAUGCCCAGGGGCCAGUGAGGGUCGGCAGCGAGGAAUGCGUGUUCUUCAGCGAUGACACUUCGCCGAACGCCUUGGAGUAUGCGAAGGCCUCGCCGAAGCGAUUGAGCUUGCCCAAUGCUGCCUGGGGCGGUGCGGGCACAAUGGAGAUCUCCGUGUACCCAGGAGGUCACAUGUCAAGUGAGGAGGAGCAGCAGCUAGCUGCCAACCGCCACAGCCUGGUUGAGAAGAUCGGUGAGCUCGUGGCCAGCGCCCAGGCUCUGGGCGACGGACAGUUCCCUUUCCCUGCAAUGCUCCCUGGUGCAGUGCCUGAUGACGGCCUUGGCCUCCCACUGCCCCCAGUGUCUCCCAGCGAGGCCCCUGAAGACAUGCUCACCGCCAUACGCCGAGGGGUGAAGCUUCGGAGGACCGUGACCAACGACAGGUCUGCGCCGAGGAUUUUGUGACAGCGAGGGCUAAGACGUACUGAGGCGAAAGUAGGCCAAAGUAGGCCACAUGUGUUAUAAAAUGAACUCUGAGGAAUGAUGAGAAGAUUGAACAAAGAGACACUGAACUCUGACUCAACCAGGCUGGAUUCCAACGCAGUGCCAUGAACUACCUUAAACCAAGCAACUACAGCCGACUGGUGUGGUGGAGUGAAAUAUUUUAAAUUAAGAUGUGGCAGGUUUUAAAUGAGUGUACUAUGUUAGUUAUAAAGAGGAAUUUAACAUUUUGUUCUUUACAGAUAUUCUAUCAGCCAUUUAACUGACUCACCUGUUUCGUGGCAUUUUUUUCAGCUUUUGCGGUAUUUGGUGCAAGAAAAAAGUUCUAUAACGUGCUGUGUGUAGCUUCAAACACUGAGGUGGUUUGUGCUCGUCCUCAAUGUGUGUUGGUCUUCAAUGUGUGUCUCUGGCCUCCCAACUGGGUCCUUCCUCAGCCACAACAACAAAAGAAUGGGCCACUCAAGAGUAGUGAGGGAGGUUUAGAAGGAAAAGGCUGGAGAUGUAACAGAGAGAGGGCAAGGUGCACAGACACCUGUGCAUCUCGUUGCUGAUUUAUGCUUGAGUUGCUUGUUCAGUCAAGUUGAAAGGGCAUGUGUAUGAAGAUUGUGAAUUCCUAUCAGAACUGGACAAAAAUUGGUGAUUACUUCUUGUCCCAACUAACGUUCACCCAAUUUGAGAAGAAAACUCGCUACCUAAUUGGACACACUCUAACUUUCAGGGCCCCUAACUUGGGAGCUGAAAAAUCCAACUUCACAACUAUCCAGUCGAGUAGCUGAUUCAUACUCAAGUUUUGCCCCCUGUUUUGAAUAAUGUUGUUGAACUAUUUUCUGUGUCAGGAUUGAAUGGGCACGUGUUGAUAAAUACAAUGUUAUCUUUUAUAGCACUAACACAGUUGCUUUCAGCUGGGAAGUUGAACCUUUAAUGAAGUUGUAGUUAGCUGGAGCCACUAUUCAGUUGUAACCCUUUAUUGAAAAUCCAUGCUGAGAGGUGAAUGUAAUUAUUCAGUCACCGAGUUGUCCAGUUACUGGUAGUUAUCUGUUUAGCAUUCCCGUAUUCUGAAUUUUUAUUUGUAACUUUUUAAAUAUAUUUUGAAUAAACAAUGGUGAGUUAGAUUGAUGCUGAAAAUAUUAUUGCCUGAUGCAACAUCAGACAAUGAAAACUGAGCUCUGACCCCCUUGUAUUGAUUCCUCAAAGUGAGGAUAGGGAUAUGAGGCACUGUUACCCUGGAACACACACAAGGAAAAUCUACAGGAAGUGAUAGCAGAGAGAAGGACUUGAGGCGGAGGCAAUUCGAACAUUCAACAUAGCUGUUUCCUAUCAUAUUUAUACGGAGGAUGAGAAUAUUUCUAGGAGGGCCUGAAGAUGUUCCAGGGGUAACCUCACCAUGUAGACAAUGUAAUUUUAUUUUUAUUAGGGAAGUUGCAAUAUUCUCUUAUAAAAAGCCUCCCUUGCGUCUAACGUUAAUAGAUUGUUGCCACUGGGCUAUUUAGUUUGUUGGUUACCAAUGGGUUUUAGGAAGGGGAUUGUGCUGCCACAGGUAAGCUUUAAUGUUGUAAGACGCUCUUGUUUCACCCCCCUCAAACUGCUCCCGCCACCACUGGAUCCAGAUUUGUACCCACCUGUUCUUAUCCAGCAUUAAUACAGCUGAAAAUUCUCUCUUUCUUUCUCCCUCUUGCUCUGGCUCGCUCUCCAAACACCACCCAGAUUUGGAAGGACACAAUCUAUAAUCAUACCUCCUGGGCAUUCCUCCACUCAAGUCUCUGCUGGGUUUGUAUAUUAUUGAGAAUAGGAGAGAGGCAAACAACCAACUACAACCCUUGCUGCUAUUCUGGCUAUUUCUAGGAUAUUACUAGACAGAUGCUCGAAUAUUAUUGGAAUAAACUAAGGAACUGCUACAAAUGCAAAGCAGAUGAGUUUUCUUUGGAGCAGCUGAAAUGUAGAGACUGAUCAGCAUAUUUUCAAACCUUCAAACCAAACUGCUGAGAUUUCCAGUUACUGUUUAUACAGCCUUGAGUGAACAUACUCUCCUACAGGGUCACAUAUCACAUUUACAUUAAUCUAGAGAGCUUUGGCACAGGUUAGCCAGAUGUCCUUGGUGUACCAGAGUACCACUGAUACGCCAGUUAAUAUGAGACAGUUUACCAGUAACCAGUACAGGUAACCUUGCACUCCAACUGAUACCACCCUUAGCCACUGGGGCAUUGGCCUUCACAGUUAUCUGCAGCUGUCUGAAAAGAAUCCUACUCCUUACUGACAGACCUAACUCUCCACUUAGACGUUCUCAGGCCAUGCAUGUCCUGGCAUUGCCAGCACUUAUUUCCCAUCCACAUUUGCCUCGAGGAGGUGGCAAUGGACUUUCUCCAUUCUCCGCAGUUUUAAGUAACAAGAUUAUUCCAUUGUCGGAGUUUGAUGCUGCUGAGUGUUUUGGUAGGCCACUUUGGAGGGCAGUUAUGAGUGAAUUCUUUGGGUGUGGAACCAUGUAUAGGCCCAGACUGGGUAAGCCAGUGGAUUUCGCUCCCUAAACAAGAUGGUUGAACCAGUUGGGUUUUCACUAAAACCCAACAACUGUAUGGUCACUUUUGAUGCCAGCUUUGUAUUUUCAGCUUUUUAAAACUUAUUUCAAGAUUCUCAAAGAGCCAGGGUUGGGAGCUGGUUUGGCAUUCUCUGGAUUGCUAGUCCAGUGACAGGCUAGAACUGUGACUAGUGGAGCCCAAUGCUGUUGAUAUGAGAUUCUCAAAUCUGACCAUGAAUAUGAUGCUCCAUUCCAGUCUCCCAUCUGGAAACCAGCUAAGCCCCUGGGGGACAAGUAAAAGUGAGUUUUAGUGAGGAAUCUCCUCAUAAACAUCAAUCCAUCUUUUCCCCUUUCAGAUCCUAACUGUAUAGUUCCUAAAUUUCCUAUUUGUUUUGGAAUCCCAUCAAUAAUGGUUUCCCCAUGAUCUUGAGAUAUUAUUGGCUAGCAUGUUGCCUUAGCAACUGUAGGAGACACACAGCCUGGAAAUGACUGUUCGCGGUAAUGGCGGAAGGUGGUAUUUAUAAAUUUAAAACUUGCAUUUAUAUAGCACCUUCCAGGAUGUUCCAAAGAGCUUUACAACCAACUUAAGACAAAGAUGAGGUGGAAUUUCUUC